AUGCAUCAAGCAGUUGUUACAACGGUAGCAUUUGCGGUCCUACCAUUCGUGACAGCGGAAAUCAGUUGGGAUGAAGCCUAUGCCAAAGCAAGGGCAGCCGUAGCCAAAAUCUCCAUCUCAGAGCAGGUUGGCCUCGCUACGGGACAAGGACGAGGCACAUGCGUAGGAAACAACAACCCUGUUGACUCCAUCAGCUAUCGUUCCCUGUGCUUGAAUGAUGGGCCCCUGGGCGUGAGCCGUGCCACGGCCGCUACGGCCUUCACCCCUAGUAUCCACGCGGCCUCGACCUGGGAUAGGGAGCUCGUUCGUCAGCGCUCCCAAUUCCACGGUGAGGAAGCCAAAGCCCUGGGCGUCCAGGUUCUGCUCGGCCCUGUGGCCGGCCCGAUCGGCAAAAUACCAGAAGCAGGUCGCAACUGGGAGGCAUGGGGCUCCGAUCCCUACCUCAAUGGCGUCCAUUCUGCCAUCGCCAUUCAAGAAAUGCAACGGACUGGGGUCCAGGCCUGCAUUAAGCACUAUAUUGGAAACGAACAGGAACUCAACCGCACUACUAUGUCGAGUAACAUCGAUGACCGGACUAUGCAUGAGGUCUAUCUUUGGCCAUACUAUGACGCCGUUCGUGCCGGAGCUACCUCCGUGAUGUGUAGCUAUAAUAAGCUCGAUGGUGUGUGGGCAUGUGAGAAUGACCAUAUCCUCAACAAGCUCCUCAAGACAGAACUGGGGUUCCCGGGAUACGUAAUGUCUGACUGGGGCGCGCACCAUACCACUGUGCUGAGCGCCAACUCUGGUCUUGACAUGUCCAUGCCCGGAUCAGCUUACAAUAGCUCGAGUACCCUAUGGGGUGCGAAGUUGGAGCGCGCCAUCCGGUGUGGAAAGGUCAAGAAGGAGCGUGUUACAGACAUGGCGCUCCGUAUCCUCGCCGGAUACUACAAAACAGGGCAAGAUGGGGGAUACCCUUCGGUUGACUUUACCCGUGAUGUCCAGAGUAACCACGGUGAGAACGUCCGCAAGACAGCCCGCGACGGCACCGUCUUGCUCAAAAAUGAAGGCAACAUCCUUCCUCUCAAAUCACCCAAGAGUAUCGCUGUGGUUGGCUCGGGCGCCACCACCGCCGGCGCGGUUGGAAUGGGCGGGGGCUCCGGAGCAGCCCGAUACCCAUACUUCAAUGCCCCGAUCGAUGCCAUUAGAGAAAAGGCGGCGACUUCCGGGGGCGAGGUGGCACAAAGCGAGACUGAUGACCCGGAAUCGGGCGCUAGCGCAGCAAAAGACAAAGACGCCGUCUUUGUCUUUCUCACAAGCUUCGGAACAGAAGGCCGUGAUCGGUCUAGUGCGCUAGAACCAGAUGACAAAGGAUACGAUCUCGUCCAAGCUGUGGCAGAGGUCAGCGAGAAUAUCAUCGUCGUGGUACAUGCCGUCGGGCCUAUCAUUCUCACACCAAUACUAAAGCUUCCGUCGGUCAAGGCGAUCGUCUGGGGUGGGCUCCCGUCGCAGGAGAGUGGCAACGCUCUGGUCGAUGUUGUCUGGGGUGAUGUGAACCCUAGCGGCAAGCUGGUGUUUACUAUUGCGAAGGAUGCAGCCGACUAUAACACGAAAUCCCUGCCAACAGAUGAUGACUUCAGUGAGGGCCUUUAUAUUGACUAUCGUCACUUUGAUAGGGAGGGAAUCGAGCCAGAGUAUGAGUUUGGGUUUGGACUAUCAUACACCGAGUUCAAGUACUCCGACAUUCAGAUCAGCUCUCAGGCAAGGAGCGGCCCUGCCGGCGGUAAAAUCUCCCCUGGAGGUCAGAGGGAUCUUUGGGAUGAGGUUGCCAAAGUCACUGCUAGGAUUACCAACGCUGGAAAGGUCGCUGGCGCAGAAGCCGCCCAAUUAUAUAUCACUCUUCCGGAGUCAACUGAUACACCCCGGCAGCUACGUGGCUUUGACAAGGUCUUUCUUAACCCCGAUGCCUCAGCGACAGUGACGUUUUCUCUCCUACGCAGGGAUCUUAGUAUAUGGAACGCGGAAGAUCAAGUAUGGACCAUCCCCAAAGGUAAGAUUGUCGUAAAUGUCGGAGCAAGCAGCAGGGAUCUGAGGCUCGAGGGUGUUAUCAACGUUGCCUAG